AUGACGCAAAACAUCCUGCUAGAUCCUGAGAUUCGGGAUUGGGUGCUUUUACCACUUAUAGCCAUUGUCAUUUUUGUUGGUGUGCUUCGUCACUAUGCCGGUCUUCUUAUGAGCUCUAGUCCGCAGCCAAAGGUGGAGCGGAUUUGUUGCGUUAACAUUGCCAAUUAUGCGCGACUCUUAAUUGGUGAAGGAAAGAAACUUCCGGCAGAAGCCUUUCGGCAGCGUACUGAGGCAUUACGACAAGGUCCACUACAGAAAAAAGUUGAAAUUAACCCUAUGGAGAUGAUGCAAGACCCUUCUGUUAUGGGGGAAAUGAUGAAGAAUAAUAUUCUUAUGAUGGUACCAAAUAUGGGUAUGAUGAUGCUUGUCUCUUACUUUUUUUCAGGAUUCGUUGUGGCUAAGUUUCCUUUUGGUCUCGCACCAAGAUUUCGAGGUAUGAUGCAGCGUGGUGUAGAUAUUGAUGACCUUGAUUGUAAUUACGUUACAUCUCUCAGUAUGUACUUCCUUAUUAUGUUUGGUUCAAAUGGUAUUCUUCAGCUGUUACUUGGUAGUGAUGUUGGGAACAGUGAUCAGGCCAUGAUGAUGAGCCAAAUGACAGGUGGUGGGCCCCAGCAACCGGUAGAUUAUGCGAAGGUUUUCAAAUCCCUCUCAGAGGAACUGGAGUUUGAACAAAACAGACAUAAAUGGGCAUAUGAAAAUGCUCCAAAGUUACUACUGCAAGGAAAUUAA